AUGGGGUUUUGUGUUAUUGAGCAUUCAUUACAAGGGGAUCCAUCGACGAAACUUGAGCAGUUGUACUCCAUAUAUUCUGAAUUUAAUUCGUUACUGGACAAAUAUCCGCAAUACACGAAAGAGACUUGUUUUCUGCAUUUGCCGAAGUAUCGAAUUAUACCGGGGUGGAGUGAAACACUAACGAAUUAUGUGAAUGACGGGGACACGCUUCGAGUUGAUCUCUUCCCGAUUGCCCCAGAAGUAGUUCAGAAAUUCCAUUCACAAUACUCGACAACGGAAUUACCGGAGAACUUGAAUCACAUUGUAGGCGAACUGAAAUUGAAGAAGAAAGAAAAUGAAAAGAAAGUCUUGCCGAGCAUUUCUAUCACAACAAACAUGACCUCCCCACGAGGAAAAGUUCAUCACUUCUCCGAUAUAGUGUUGGGGAGGCAAUUCAACAUCUCCAUCGCGCGUGUCCCUUCGUGUAGUUAUACUUCAAAGUUGCCGCACUUGAUCACCAUCAAAACGCCGGUCCUCAAAAAGGAUAUCCCAGCGCUCUGGUUUCGCUCGUCUAUCAAAACGUCUGUGAGUAAAAUCGAAGACGUGCAGCCGUUUACUUUGUUGUAUUUCCAUGACUGUAAUGAGGACUUGGGAAUGAUCUCUUCCUCAUUAGAAGUCUUAAGUCAAACACUUCAGUGUAAUAUCUUAGCCAUUGAAUACCCGUCUUACGGGAUUUAUGAGUAUGAAUAUUCAGACGAGUUGAUGGAGACCAACUUGAAGUUGGCGUACAGUUAUUUAGUGGGGAUUUUAAAUAAGAGGCCUGAGAGGAUCUUAGUCUUAGGAAAGGGUGUAGGAGCUGCAGUGGCUCUUUUAGUGAGUUCAAAGAAAGAUAAGAAGGUCAAGAAAGUCCCAUGUGCGGGAGUCAUCUUAGUGUCACCUAAAAUGGACCCGGCGUCCUUUGGGAAAGGCAUCUUUGAGAACACUAAGACUCUCAAAAAGGUCAAAGUCCCGACUUUCAUCGUCUAUGGGGAAAAGUACCGGUUCGCUCAAGCUAUGAAGAAACUCCAAGUCCUUCUGCCAGCAGUCCAAAGCGUCGUGGGACUCCCGGAAGUCGGGGAAGACUUGGAAGGAAUCGCGUUUGAUGAAUAUAUGGAAAUUCUCAUGAAAUUUGUGUCUGCCGUCUUCCCGGAAUUCAUCGGCGUCAUGACGGGAAGAGCACUCGAACAAUUGAAACCAAUGAAAUAUAUCGAAAAUCCUCUGGACGUCAUUAAUAAAACGUUGGAACGGUUUGGACUCGAGAAAUACAGAGACCAAUUCAUUUGCUUUGGGUUCAUGGGAGUCCAAGACUUGAUUUUGAUGACAGACGAAGAUAUCUCGAUGAUGGGAAUCAACGAGGAAGACGCUCUCAAAGUCAACAAAAUGAUCGAAAGCCUCAAAGUCGAGAUUUCGGAAAAAAGAGGAAGACACGGGUCUGAAGGAUUCGGCCCCGUUGUUAACUCAACUCCCGAAAUUUUGCCGUGUAAAACGCCGAGAUUUUAA